AUGUUUGUGUCCCUACUUAGUUUGGAGACUGGACACGCCACUGGCGAUAUCGGCUACGUUUUUUCCUUUUUCCUUCGACUGACGAAACCGAAUAAGGUGACUCUGCUACUCGUCAAUGACGAUCAAAUUGACUAUCUGAUGGAAAACAAUCAGCGCCGCCCAUGGACAACCUUAACAAUGGAGGAGUUACGAGCGCGUUUUACGAACCGACUUUUUGUGGAUUGGGGAUUUGGAGAUUUUGGGACUAGGGGAAGGGAAGUAUUGCAGGCCUCCGGUAACCUCACUCACACGGCGAAACACAACGCUGCCUGUUUCAUGCCGGUUUUCUGUGAAGCCGUGGUAUCAAUCCGGUCGAGCCGACCCAUUCGUACCGAAGCAUGGCUCUCCCACACUAAAAUAAUAUCAGUAAAAAAGAUAAAAUAUGCUCCAUUAAGGUAUAGGUUGGCAAACGAGCAGACGGAUUACCUGAUGGUUCCACAGAAGACCUCACAGAAAACCGGUAUGAAACAACCACACGGUGUUUCGCCGUUCGGUCUCGCAUGUCUGAGGAUCGUGGUCAGCAUCGGGGUAACAUCUGGAGCGUAUAAUCCGCCUCCACCGGUUUCGAACCAGCGCAUCUCUCACUACUGCGAAGAAGUCGGAGGACGAUGA